CAGUUGUUCUCCUGCAGCAGGGCAGCGGCGCAGUUGUGACGGAGCAGCCAGGCUGCUAGAAGCGUGCGACGCAGUUCUGCCUCUCGGCGAGAAGAGCAGAGAAAGGAACAUUCACCAUGGCAGCCGCCAAGGAGGCGCAAGAGGCUGCUGCUACGGACGCGGGGGAAGGGGCGACGGUGACGCUGGUGGCGGGCGACACACAGCUGGUAGCGCACAGGGCCGUCCUGGCCGCCAGGAGCCCCGUGUUCGCCGCCAUGUUCUGCCAGGACACGCCGCAGCCCGGCAGCAGUGUGGUCGCAGUCCCCGAUGUGGAGGGCCGGGUGCUGCACCAGCUGCUGGUCUACAUGUACUCCCUCCGUGCUCCUGAGGUGCCGCGCAUGGCCCCACAACUCCUGGCAGCUGCCGACAGAUACGGCGUGUGGGGGCUGAAGGUCCAGUGUGAGGAGCAGCUGGCCAGUCAGCUGUCAGCGGAGAACGCGGCGCGUACAGCGGUGCUGGCAGUGAGGCACUCCUGUCCCAGCCUCGCAGAGGUCGCUGUCGCCUUCAUAAGAGCCAACUCGCUGGUGUUUGCCACAGCGGGUUGGGCGGAUGCGGUCCUCAACCACCCUGACGAGCUGGUCAAAGUCAGUCAGUUGCUGGGUGGGCCACUAACAAAAACCAGGAGCCUUCCUGGAAAGGAGAGUAGCCGAGGACUGAUCCAGGCAGCUAAGGAGGGGGCGGUGGAGGAACUCAGGGUGCUUCUCGCGACAGGGGCGGAAGUGGGGGCGAGGGACGAGGACAUGUGGACUGCUCUGCACUGGGCAGCUGAGAGGGGACACCUGGAAGCAGUAACAUGUCUGGUGGAAGGCGGGGCAGAGGUGGAUGAGAGGGACAGCAGGAGGAACACGCCGCUGCACUGGGCUGCGUCCCGCGGCCACGUGGCUGUGACACGGCGACUGCUGGAGUCCUCUGCUGACCCCAACGCCAGGGAUAAGUAUGGGUGGACGCCGCUGCACUGUGCAGCUAGAUGCGGCCACACAGAGGUGGCGGCCGUGCUGCUCGAUGCAGGAGCUGACACUGAGGCCAGGGACGCACACGGGCACAAACCCUGGGUCAUCGCCAGGCAGAACGGCAAGCAGCAGCUCGUGGAGAUGCUAUCGUGAAGCAUUCGGUGCAACAAACAUCUCUGCAAUAGUGCUGAAAUGACUUUCUGCAUCUCUUUGUGAUAUUGUUCUAAUUAAAGAAUGCUAAAGUGAAUACUACAGUCCAUCAUUUGUACUCACCUUUAAGUAGGACUCAAAUACAGUGGUGUCAUUAUCUU